CUACCUCAAAUCAGACUCAGUCAUUUGUCUCCUACCGAGCCAUCAACGUAACAAUCUUGUCGUGGAAGAGGCGCACGCACACUGCAUCACCGCUCCAAACCCAGACCAAGACAUUGGCAGUCAACAUGAGUAGCAGUCACCUUACCGCAUCGAACCAGGCCGACGACUUACAAUCCAUCAACAACACCACCCUCGGGACAAACGCAAAGUCUUUUCCAGUCGUCACCCUCCCAAAUGGCGAGAGGCUGCCUACGGGCACGGUGGGCGCCCUGCUCGUCAACAUCAGAGCGUUCGAUGCUGGCGACGAGGGGACCCGAGCGGCCCUGGAGCCGGCCAUCCGAGCGGCGGUUCCUGUCCUUGCAAAAGUCGGCAUGUUUGACCUCUUCACGCCCGACGAAUGGAUCAACAAUGGCGGGCCGGGCAGGGCGUUGGUGGGCCAGGUGGCAAGGGCACGAUGUUAGGAGCGCGAGCGAAGGGACGAAAUAGACCAAAGGGUGGCCUCACACUGAGCUCCAUACACGGGCGUCUCAAAGGUUGGCUGUUGAUGAGAUGCAACAAUAGUAGUCAAACAAUACCUG